GGGACAUCCAGUCUCCACCCAGCCCAUUUGUUGCCCUGAAGGCAAAAAUUAAUGGCAUAGACACUUUGCACAACUCUGCAGUGCAAAUGAAUCCUUGCUGUAAAGCCACUGGGUUCUGCCACCCAGUCACCAUGAAGAGCAAGUAUUCCCAGUACUACAACUCGAGUGUGAUCAGCCUCCACUAUGCUUAUGCUAAAAACAUGAGCAUAGAGAACAUAACGGUAUGCUAUCAGAGUAAAGAACAGUUCAGCACUGUCAAUAUUGUCUUCAUCAUUAUCUGCACCGUCAUCAUCCUGGAGAAUCUUUUAGUCCUGGUUGCAGUCUGGCGCAACAAGAAGUUCCAUUCAGCAAUGUUUUUCUUCAUUGGCAACUUGGCGUUCUCUGACUUGCUGGCAGGCUCCACCUACAUAGCCAAUAUAUUCCUGUCAGGAUCAAUGAGCAUAAAACUGGUGCCUGUGCAGUGGUUCAUCAGAGAGGGAACAGUGUUCAUCGCUCUGGCUGCUUCAGUCUUCAGCCUGUUGGCGAUCGCCAUUGAGCGCUACAUUGCCAUCACCAAGGUCAAGGUGUACGGCUCCACCAAGACAUGUCGCAUGUUCCUCCUGAUUGGAGCUUGUUGGGUCACCUCCAUUCUGCUCGGAGGACUUCCCAUCCUCGGUUGGAACUGCAUCUGCAAUCUCCCCGACUGCUCGGCAGUCCUGCCACUCUACUCCAAGAAAUACAUAGUCUUUGUGGUCACCAUUUUCACUCUCAUACUGUUCUCUAUUGUCAUCCUCUAUGUGAAGAUCUAUUUGAUCGUGAGCUCCAGCCGCCAGGAAGCAACUAACUUACAAGCGUAUGCACUUUUGAAAACUGUCACAAUAGUGCUGGGUGUUUUCAUUGUGUGCUGGCUGCCUGCUUUCACAAUCCUGCUCCUGGAUUCGUCCUGCACCAUGCAGCUCUGCCCUGUCCUCUCCAACGGACAGAUCUUUUUCAAUUUUGCCGCUCUAAACUCAGCGCUUAACCCAGUGAUCUACAUGCUGCGCAGCAAGGAGAUGAGAAGGGAGUUCCUGCGUGUGUUGUGCUGCUGGGGGGUGCUGCAGAGCGGGCGACCAUCUGAACGCUGCUGGGUCCCUCUGAAGAGCUCCAGCUCUCUGGAACACUGCACCAUCAAACAUGAACACCAGACUAUGCCCAUCAUGCAAACCUGUGUCUGAUAUGGCAUUAGAGGGCUUGUGAUUUUGUAAAAAUAAAAAUAAAAAAGAGCAUUUGCAAACAAGUAAAAAGGCUGCAAUGAGAU